AUGGCUACAACUUUCAAACCUGUUCUAUUGUUCUGCGUUCUUAUAUCCCUGUUUUGCUCAUCCUCUGCUCAGUCUUGCUCCAACUACAUCUUCUCCAGUAGCAACAAAAUCUUCAGCAAAUGCAACGAUCUCCCUGUCCUCAACUCUUUCCUUCACUGGACUUACAAUUCAUCAUCUGGAACCGUCGAUAUCGCCUAUAGACAUACUGGAGUCUCUUCAUCUCGAUGGGUUGCUUGGGCAAUCAAUCCCGAAUCUACUAAUAUGAAAGGAUCUCAGGCUCUGGUUGCUUACCAACUUGUUGAUGGAAACAUGACUGCUUACACAUCAUCUAUAGACAAUGAGGAGCCAUCUUUGCAGCAGAGCAGCCUGAGUUUUAAUGUCGCCAAUCUCUCAGCAGAGUUUCUGAAUAACGAAAUGAUAAUCUAUGCCACUGUAGAGCUUCCUAACAAUAGCACCACCGUGAAUCAGCUCUGGCAAGAUGGUCCACUUUCAGGGAACACUCCUUUGAGUCAUCAACGUACAGGUGAUAAUGUAAAUUCCAGGGGGACUCUUAAUUUUCUGUCCGGAGAUUCCACCACUGCUUCAGGAAACUCGAGAGCCAGAAGAAAGAACGUUCAUGGAGUAUUGAGUGCAGUCAGCUGGGGAAUUCUAAUGCCUAUUGGUGUCAUUAUAGCUAGGUACUUGAAGGUGUUCAAGUCUGCAGAUCCAGCCUGGUUUUAUCUCCACAUUGCUUGUCAAUCCUCUGCAUACUUAGUUGGGGUUGCUGGAUGGGGAAUAGGUCUCAAACUUGGUAGUGAAUCUUCUGGCCUUCAAUAUAAUUCUCACAGAAACAUUGGGAUUACCCUAUUUGUUCUUGGCACACUUCAGGUGUUUGCUCUGCUUUUGAGACCCAAUAAAGAUCAUAAGUACAGGCUCUACUGGAACAUUUACCAUCUGUCAACUGGAUACUGUGUCAUAAUCCUUAGCAUCAUCAACAUCUUCAAGGGCUUUGAUAUUUUAGACCCUGAGAAGGAGUGGAAGAAUGCCUAUAUUGGUAUUAUUGUCUGUUUGGGCAUCAUUGCAUUGAUUCUGGAAGCCAUUACUUGGUUUAUUGUUCUGAAGAGGAGGAGGUCCAUAAGCACAGAAAAAUCUCACCAGGGUGUGAAUAGGGUGAAUGGGGAGAAUGGAGAGGGUGCCAGACCAGGAGUGUAGAUUAGAGAGAGAAAGACUGAUGUGGGCUCUGUCCACAGAAGUUUUGUGUUUUUUCUCUUGCUAUUUAU